CCUGUGUGAUGUGGUGUGUCCUUAGUGUGCUGACAUGUCUUGUAUAGCUGUAGCUGUGUAACUGUUCUUGCAGCAGCUUGUGGUGGCAGAGAUGCUUUGUAUGUGUGUGUGUGCCUAUGUAGUCUCUAUGUAGAGAACAGAGUGUGUAGCAAUGCGAGAGAGUCUCAGUGGGCGUAGCUGUUUUUCUGAUGUGCCUUUGCACUAUGCACGUGUGUGCAUAUCCACGUGUCUCUGUUUCUUUCAGUCUCUCUCUGCUUCUCUCUCUCUCUCUCUCUCUCUCUUUUUCUUCAUUGGUGUCUCUUGCAGCCACCUGGCCCUGAGCAGUGGGCUUAACUGAGUGAACCUCACCUUGUGCUACUUGCUGCCAGCAAUCCUUACCCUCUCCACCUGCACAAGGGACUUGCUUGUUGUGUGCUGCAUGUGGGUGUAAUGCACUCCCAGACUUUCUCUCUUGGUGCUGCUGGGUUGGCUCCAGCAGCUGCUAGAUGUCCCAGCAACCAGGAUGAUCUUUGAAUGUUUGAAUCCAGGUGAUUUCAGGUGCCUUCAGGGCUUCGAGAGAACAACCCUGCUCCUUGUUGAAUUUAACACAGUCUUUUGUUCCAGCCAGAGCACCAUGGAAGCAGGGGGGACAUGGACUGGGCAAGGCUACAAUGCCCCCUGGAUGCACCACAGUGUGGCCGGGCAGUACACGCUCUUGGAGAAACAGCUUGUCUCAGAUUUGUCCCCCUACCGGCGUCGCCCCGUCCCCCGGGUGCUCCAGGAUUCCACCAACUGGCACGAUGCCCAGCUCCCAUCACGCUGGAGCCUGCUGAAGCAGGAGGGCCAGUGGUUUUCUGGGAAGGACUUGAGCAGGGUGACCUCCUCCCCAAAGGCCCAAUGGCAGCCACCAUUGCCACUGCCACCACAACGUAGCCCUACUUAUGGUGGCCUACGUCCAGUCCAUAGGAGGGAUGGAAGCUGGGGAGCAGUCAGCCACCUGGGAAGGGAUGGCCCCACAGACUUCCUCACCGGAGGCUCUUUUACUGCCACUCCAAGCUGCUGGUGGUAUCCUAGAGGAGCUUCUGCUAAAAGCAGGUGUGAUCCCCCUGUCCGGGCUCCUCCAAGCUACGAAGCCCAUAUGCUAUUGCGCCUCCGGGCUGGGCAGGGCCCCCGCAAAGAAAACUGGCCCCAUCCUCCACCUUAUGUUGCUCCCCCAUCUUAUGAGGCACCCCACUGCACAGUCCAGCCUCAACAGCCACCACCAAUGUGCCAGCGUCCAUGCAAAGAAGCUUUAACAGGAAAGCAGCACCAAACAAUGGGGCCCAAGAAAUGUGGGGAGAGAAUAGCAGGGACCUAUGAGACCAGGGGACCACAGAGUCACGGUCCUGGGAGGAAGGCAGGGAGGCGCCAGGCUAAAAUCCCAGGUAGCUGGAGCUACCUUUCUGGAGCAAGCACGUGGGGUGGCCCUCGGAGGCAGCCAGAAAGGGCAGAGUCCAUCAAUGGCUUGGUGCCCAGCUGGGACAUGAGCCCCCAAGACCGUAGUUAUACUCUCCCUCGGAUAAGUAAAAGGAAUAAGGGGGUGCCCGUGGCCUGUCCCCCUCAACACACACUCCCUGCAGGCUUGGGCUUUAGCCAUGCUGUGGGUUGUCCCCCUGGAGCUGUAGGGAAUGGUGGGAACAAAGCAGGAGACAGGUACAUCAGAGACCUCAUGCCCAAGUGGAAGGAGCCAAGCCAUACUAGGGAGGCUGGGGGGAGCCAGGGAUCAUUGUCAAAGCUGACGCCACGGCGGUGUGGAGGUCUCUUUGUCAUUGAUGCCACAUGUGUGGUCAUCCAGGCCCAUUACAUCCCGGCUCCCCGGACAGAGCAUGUCCGUUACUUGGGCCAAGAGGGCCUGGACAAGGUCAAAGCUGCCGUUUCCCCUGGUUCUCCAGCCCCUGUCUCGAUGGAGGAGCGAGCUGCUCGCAUCCUGGGUCUAUCGGUGAGUGAGUUGGGGUUCACAGAGGCAGGAAAAAGUAAAAUAUUGGGGCCAGGGAGUCCUCGGCAAACGGUUAGUGAAAGCUCUGCAGCUGAGGUGACCGUGGCUGAGAAAAACUAUGGAACAGGGCAGCCUAGAAGGGCUCCUUCAUCCCUGGCCAGCCCUAGGAAAGCUUUGCCACUCCCAACUCCCAAUAACUUCCAGGUUAAGAAUACACAGGAGGAGCUGCCUUGCCCUGAGGAUACAGGAGCAUCAACAGUUCCAUGCCAGGAAAGUGUCUCUGGCCUACCACAACGAGAGGAAGAACCAGAACCCAUCUUUCCCUCACAGCGCAGGUCCUAUGCCCUGGAGCUGAAGGAAGCCAUGUCAAGGAUCCGCCGACACACGGCUCCAGAUUCGGAUACGGAUGAGGAGCUAGAGAAAGAGUGCGAGCCAGUCUGUGGGCAACCAGUGGAGUGGAAAGGGGGGAUGAAUGAAGGGGCUCUGUACUGCAGCAGCAGCAGCCUAGACAGCAGCAGUUCCAAUGCCACUGUGGUGCCAGGGAAUUCCACUCCCACACCGCUCCCCGUGGGGGACCUGAUCCAGAUGAUGCCGUAACCAUGAAGACAGAUGUGAAAAAAGACUGUGAAAUAAUAUGAAAUCCUCACCCACCCCACUCUCCCAAGUGCCUGGUAUCCCCAUGCCUCUCCCCACUCCCCCUUGCUAGAAGCUCAGGGACACUGAGGUGUUUGGGGCUGUAGGGUUAGAAAGGAUAUAUAUA